AUGUUCACCAUGAUCGUCACGGGCACCAAGUCAAGCGUCAGCGGAAUGAGGAAUUGCGUGGUGACUUGCUGUUACGACCAGGAUUGGUACCGACACGAUUGGGCAAGAAUGAGAGAGGUGUCGGGAACCCAAGCCAGAAUUAACCAAGAAGCACGAACCAAGGACAGAAAAAGGGAGCACGAGGUUACGUGGUGA